AUGCAGAGAUUAAUAGUUUCUUUUUUAAAUCUAAUCAGUGCAACAGCAAGAACAAAUAAAGCACAGAAACAACCAGUACGUCGAAAUGAGUUUGUUAGUAGAGUAAAUUUAAGUCAAUUCUACAUUAUACAGGAAAAUGGUGUUCUCAAGAAUUAUGAAUUGGGUGGGGAAUAUGUAGCUGUAACAGGUAUAAGACCUUCUUUUAUUCAGUUAGGUUAUCAAAGUCCUAACUCUAAAGGAUUUAUUACCCUUAAAGAGCCAAUUAGAAGAAAAAAAUUUAGAUUUUAUAUUGACUUCUUAAGUCCUAAAGAAGACAAAGGAGGUGUUCAUGAAAUAAUAUUUGGUUCUAAACUAAAUGAAGAAUUAUUUACUUCAGAAAACAACAAUCCAAUUGGUUUUAAACUUCUUUUAAAUGAUAAUGAUAAGACUAUUCAAUAUGUUGACUCAAAAGGUAAUAAGGGACAAAAGAUUUUGUUAAAGGAUGUUCAAUUUGUGGAUAUUUAUAGAAUAAUUGUUUCUUAUGAAUAUCCUAAUACAAAAAUCUCUUACUUAUCAUUCUAUGAUAGUAAGGUUAGUAACACUACAGUUGAUAUUUAUCAAGGAACAUUUGAAUUAUUACCAGAUAGUUAUUUGAGUGUUAUUGGAUCUUCUGGUAGUGGUGGUAAUCCUUUAAAACUUUAUAAUAUUGUAGGAUAUCCAGUUGAGGUAGUAAAGAAGAAGUAUGUGCCACUUGCCAAUGAAAAAAAGAACGAUUAUCUUUUGAUGAUUAUUGGAGGAAUAUCCAUUGUGCUUGUUUUAUACUAUCUUUACAGAAUGAAAAAUAAGGAAAAAAAAUUAAUUCAAUAA